GUACACCCGACUGAAUAGAACAGUUUCCUGUGUCCGCCAGUGGAGGCGCUGUUUCCCCACAUUCACCAAAUUUUGAAAUACUUGUAGUUGAACUUUGUGUUCAGUCACACGAAAGGUAUUCGGGGAAAAAAGAGGUUUGGGGCUGGAGCGUUUGCAACAUCUGGGAAUGAGGAAUGAAAAUCACCACGAUGACCUGACAUCAGUGUACUCAAGCAGUGGCUGACAGGGGCUUGAAGAAAUGGAGGGCACCAGCUGGGACUUGGCGCUGGUGGUCUUCGAGGUGUGGUUGUCUGUGGUGUUGGGGCUCAUCGUGCUCCCUGCCAUGUUUGGGGUGUCACUAGGCUUCACGGACCUCUACGUUAAAGCCCUGGUCAAAACACUGGAGUGGGCCACUCUGAGGAUCCAGAGAGGACAGAAGGAGGAGGAUGCAGUCCCUGCUCAUCUGCCCAAUGGGAUUAUUGAGAAAGACGAUGGCUCUAUGGAAGAAGAGAUUGGGGAGCUGCGACGAUCACACCCUAAAUCUCUCGCUGGGGGAGACUUCACGCUCUGUGAUGCCUUUUAUUUCUGUAAGAAAGGUAUAGAGAGCAUUGUUGAGGACCAAGUCACUCAGCGCUUCACAUCUGAAGAGCUGGCUUCCUGGAACCUUCUCACUCGAACCAACAACAAUUUCCACUACAUCAGCGUGAGAGUGACCAUCAUAUGGGGCCUGGGUGUGUUCAUACGCUACUGUAUACUCUUACCACUCAGGGUCACACUGGCUGUGCUUGGACUGAGCUGGCUGGUGAUAGGAACCACACUUGUAGGCCUGCUACCCCACAGCAAUGUGAAGACCUGGAUCAGUGAUCUGAUACAUGUUACAUGCUACAGGAUCUGUGCUAGAGCCCUGUCAGCCAGGAUCCGUUACCAUAACAAAGAAAAUCAUCCGAAGAAAGGCGGAAUUUGUGUAGCAAACCACACCUCUCCAAUCGAUAUUGUCAUUUUGGCAAACGAUGGCUGUUACGCUAUGGUGGGUCAGAUUCAUGGAGGCCUGAUGGGGGUCAUCCAGAGGUCAAUGGUGCGAUCCUGCCCUCACGUGUGGUUUGAAAGGUCGGAGAUGAAAGAUCGCCACGCAGUGGCCAAAAGGCUGAAAGACCAUGUUGCUGACAAAACCAAGCAGCCAAUCCUUAUCUUCCCAGAGGGAACUUGCAUCAAUAACACAUCUGUCAUGAUGUUCAAAAAGGGAAGCUUUGAUAUAGGGGCGACAAUAUACCCAGUAGCAAUAAAGUACGACCCGCAGUUCGGAGAUGCAUUCUGGAACAGCGGAAAGUACAACAUGGUGAGCUACCUACUAAGGAUGAUGACCAGCUGGGCUAUAGUGUGUAAUGUGUGGUACCUUCCACCUAUGAGUCUCCAGGAUGGGGAGGAUGCUGUCCAUUUUGCCAACAGAGUCAAAUCUGCCAUAGCUCGGCAAGGAGGACUGGUCGAUUUGUUCUGGGAUGGGGGACUGAAGAGAGAGAAAGUGAAGGAGUCCUAUAAAGAAGAGCAACAGAAGAUGUACAGCAGUAUGAUCGUAGGACAGGACUGAAGAGACUUCUCUGUACCACAGCUUUAGGCCAGGUCUUCCAGAUACUGAUUAAGCUUACAGCCUAUUACAGGUCCUUUCGGUUUCCUUGUUGAUAAUGUUUUGUAGCCUAGAAAAACAGUUCAUCUGGAAAAAGUUGCCUCUCAUUAUUUAUGGGCUUGAUUUGAAAUGGCUUCUUUAUUGAGGCAUGAGAGACGAGCUGUGUGCCAAACUUGCAUAACAUGGUGGGCUUUUUGAAAAAUAGAAAAUAGAUACUAUAUCUGACUUUUUCAGAGACUCUUUAUAUUUUUUAUUUUAAAUAGUGUUCUAAUACCACCAUAAAAACACCCAAGACCACUCUUUUAUACUUAAAUUUAAUAUUCAAUCACAAUUGACUCUUAUUGCUGUUACAUUGCUCUACUCAGGCGGGUUCUUUUGGAUCAUUUAUUGUGUUUAUGUAGUAUUUUAGUGUUGGUUUAGUCAUCAUUUUUGUGUAUAAUCCCUGAAAAACAAUAUUUGCGUAUCAUGCAAGGACUACUUUGAUCAUAUGAUCACACUUCAUUCCAGUAAUAUCAAUGGUAUCACAUUGCUUUGUUAGGAGAUUUUGCAGAGCCUGUUUGAGUGUUCCUCUAAAAGACCACUGGGGGUCACACUACACCAAGAAAGGAAGGCUUCCUUCACAUGAAAGACAAGACUGUGAGGUCUAAGUUCUCAUAAAAUAAGCACGACUUUUAAUCAGUGUUAUCUUUUCAAACUGUUGAAAAUUUCUCUGAAACAAUUGUGAUGAAAGUGUAUUCUGUAGUGUAUUUUUAUUAAUGCAUUAAAUGGCCAAGGCCCACCAGCGGGCCCAAUGUUUUA